AUGGAAAUAUUUCUUAAAUUACCCAAAGAAAUAUUAUCAUUAAUUUUCAGUAAUAUCAAAGAUAAAUCUAUCAUUAAAAGCUUAAUAAAUAUUCCAGGUUUACAACACAUUGCUUUAGAACGAAAAUAUCCAAAAUUUGAAAUAAAUAAUGGCAACAAAUCAAUCGAAUCAUUAAUAGAGCUUUUUCAACAGUAUGAGUUUAUACCUUCAAUAAUAAUUGGAAAUGUAAAACAAAUAAAUCAGCUAAUUAAUGAACCAAAUUUUAGAUCAGUCAAUUAUGAGGUAAAAAUUUUGAAAACUACUGGAUUUAAUGAUCUAGUCUCGAUCUUGGAUAAAGUUUAUAUAGUGGGUGUACACUUGGAUCAAUAUUUAGAACGGUUUGUCGGGAUUUUUAAAAAAAAUGAAAUCAAAUCAUUCUUAAAUUUUGUUGAAAAUACCUUUUUACAAUCAUUGACAACAUCUCAUCUCGAUAUAUUCACAAUUCAAUUUCCAAAAUCUUUGAAGCAACUAACAUUAGACAAAGGUCAUAAAAUCAAUUUGGAUAUAAGCCAUUUACAUCAUCUCGAGUCAUUUGAUUGCAAAAAUCUCCACAAAAUGAGUACAUUGGAUAAUCUUCAACUCCCCUUAUCCAUCAAAAGUCUUAGACUAUAUUCUUGUGCUUUUACAACUUUAGGUGAUUUAUCCAAGUAUAAUAAUCUUAAAUUACUUCAUAUAUCUUGCUGUCAUGAGCUUUAUGACGUAGGUUACACAUCGUUCCCCAAUUCAUUGAAAACUAUGAAUUUCAUCAACAAUUUCCAGCGAAGUAAAAUAGACGAGUUGUUAGAAGAAGGCCGAUUUGAUUUUUCGUACUUAUCACAAGUAAGUGGGUUGGUUUGUAUUGGUGAUGAAUUUUGGUUCCGUCCAAAUUUGAAGAAUUUGAAGAUUUGCGAUACUACCCAUACCCUAGAUGUAGGAAAUAUUCUGGUUCGGACGUCACUUGAUAUUUUAGAAUUACACGGUAUUGGAUUUCUUAAUUUAAACGAGGUUAUUAUCAGUUUACCCAAAAAAAUGUCCAAAAUUGUCAUUAAAAAUUGUCACAUUGCAGCUGAGGGUCAUGUUGAAUUUCCAGAGCUGGAGCGGAUUCACAUUACAGACAAUGACAUAUGGUCUAAGUUGUUCGAAACAAGUUUGAAUCAAUUAAAAUCGAUGAAGGUUUUGGAUAUGUCAGACAACUAUAGCUCAGAUCGUGGUUUUCUUGGCCAUCUUAACCCAUUGGAGCUUUUGAUCAAUUUAAAAAAAAGUGUAUUUUUCAAUUCACCUAGUUUGCUAGACUUAACUUUAAAAAGCUUGUUGCCAAUGAAAUAUGAACCUUAUGAACUUUUUUCAUCUUCUCCAGUUUCAUUUGAAUGUAAAAAUUUGAUUAAAUUAAAAAUGAUAAGUUUAGGUGUCGAAUUAUUGGAUCUUGAUCAGUUUCCGAGUUCAUUAGAGGAAUUAAUCAUCAAUAAUUUGAGUUUAGAAACCAUGCAAGGAAAUUUUUCCAAUUUAAAUAAUUUAAAAAAAUUGGAUUUACAAAAUAAUCAAAUAACUUUUUCAAUGUUAAGUUCUCAAAAAUUCCCAUCGAGUUUAACGCACUUAAAUUUAUCAGAUAAUGAAAUUGAAGAUUUAAGUUGUUUGGUUUUAGAUAAUUGUGUUAAUUUGAAAGAUUUACAAUUGGAAGAAGUAACUUCAAAGUGUACUCCUGGAGGUGUGACUCAAUUAAGGAAUUUAUUUUCCAGUCUUAAUUCUAAUAUUGAUGCAAUUUUAACUAAUUAUGAUUCAGAAGUGAUUUUUGAGUAUGUUAAUGGAGAUGAAAAAGAUUCGAUUUUGAAGUCUAAUUAUAAAAAAAGAAGAAUUUGUUAA